AUGUCUGCUGACUUGUGGUGUCUGUACUUCUUGAGCUGUCUGAGUUGCAACUCAUUUGACAGUCAAUCGGCGGUCGAAGCGAUUCUUAUGGUUAAAACACAUCUCCUUUUUAUGAUAUGUAUUGUCAGCGGAUUUCUAUUGACUCUUCAACUCAUUUCACUGCAACUUCUUGUCAGAAAAGGCCAAAUCCAAGAGAAGAGUUCGUGGACUCUGUUAGAUGUGGUCACUCUUAGCGCUAAUCAACACUCAAUACCGCUGUUUCUGAUCGACAGCGAAGUGUUGAGCAAUAUCUCUGCGAAGAGCGCUAAACCGAUUCGUGAUUCGUAUUGCAAUGUGUUGUGUACGGGCCGUAAGAUCACACAUUUGGCCACUUUUAGUCAGUUCGCCACUCAAUUGCUGAUCAGCCGAUUCAUCCAUUCAGUCAAGUCUAAGGGCUUCACUGUAUUGGAGUUGAAAGACUUGGACCCAACUCUUGUCCACUUUGGUCUCGAGGUCUCGAUUCCCACGCAUUUGAUUGUAAUCGACGAGAAGUUACACAUCAAAAAGACUUAUCAUGUCAUACAUAUUGCCAUAUUCUAUGAGCGAAUCCAAUCGACCAAUUGGUGGUACGGAAUGCUAUCACUCACUGAACAUCAGCAGAGAUUACUUCACAGACAAGGCAUCCGAAAGUCGUUUUUCNAGUUACACAUCAAAAAGACUUAUCAUGUCAUACAUAUUGCCAUAUUCUAUGAGCGAAUCCAAUCGACCAAUUGGUGGUACGGAAUGCUAUCACUCACUGAACAUCAGCAGAGAUUACUUCACAGACAAGGCAUCCGAAAGUCGUUUUUCAAAGUUUCCCAUUCGAGUGGUAUUUAUGACAAAGUGGAAAUAAUGCGAACCACAAUCGAUGGUCUAGUCUUGCAUUUACCGAAACCGAUGACACCAUUCAUGCAAAGACCAGAAGACGUGGAGUUUAUUGAGUGCAACAAAAGUCGGGCCAAUGUUUUUCACUCGAAAUACGGUCGCGAAGACGACGACUCGGCGAAGAUAUUCCGUACAAAAGCCACUCAUUUGCUGACGAAAGUGAAGCGUAUUUUGGAUGAGCUGUCGAUUCCUUUUUGGUUGAGCAGCGGAACAGCUCUCGGAUAUUACAGACAAUGCGAUUUCAUAACGUAUGGCAAAGACGUCGAUAUCGGCGUUUGGAUCGACGACUAUAAACCCGAACUCAUUGACGCUUUUUCUGUCAAUGAUUUACCGCUAAUCCAUAGAUUCGGCAAAAUUGACGACAGUUUUGAGCUUUCAUUCCUCGACAAUGACAUGAAAUUAGACGUAUUCUUCUUCUAUAAGGAGCAGAACUACGUCUGGAACGGCGGAACUCAGGCCAAGAGCGGCAAUAAAUACAAAUAUAUUUUCCCGCCGUUUACUCUCUGUUGGACUGAAUUCGUUGACUUAAAG